AUGACGCCCACCCCACUUCCUGAGAGCUCGGGAACAGGCACAUGGAGUCUGGACCAGAGCUGGAGCUUGGACAGCAUUAGUGAGCACUUUCACUGUGGAAACGGUCUAGGUCCAACAGUAUCUCAUACCAAUACCGACUCUUUCAAGCUUCGUUACGCAGCAAAGCCACGAAGUAUGGUUUCGUUGAAGACGCUGGUCGUCGCCGGCCUCGCCACCGCCGUGGCUGCCAAGUCGGCAGUCCUCGACCUCAUCCCCGACAACUUCGACAAGGUCGUCCUCAAGUCCGGGAAGCCGACGCUCGUCGAGUUCUUUGCCCCGUGGUGCGGCCACUGCAAGAACCUCGCCCCCGUCUACGAGGAGCUCGCCCAGUCGUUCGAGUUCGCCAAGGACAAGGUCCAGAUCGCCAAAGUCGAUGCUGAUGCCGAGAAGUCUCUGGGCAAGCGCUUCGGUGUCCAGGGUUUCCCGACCCUGAAGUGGUUCGACGGAAAGUCGGACAAGCCCACCGAGUACAACAGCGGCCGUGACCUCGACAGCCUGUCCGCCUUCAUCACCGACAAGACUGGCGUCAAGCCCAAGAAGAAGCUCACCCCUCCCAGCAGCGUGGUUAUGCUGAACGAUGCCACUUUUGGCAAGACCAUUGGCGGCGACAAGCACGUCCUCGUCUCAUUCACUGCCCCUUGGUGUGGACACUGCAAGAACCUCGCCCCGACCUGGGAGGACGUUGCCACCGACUUCGCUGGCGAAGACAAUGUCGUUGUUGCCAAGGUCGACGCCGAGGCCGAGAACAGCAAGAAGAUCGCCAAGGAGCAGGGCGUCACCUCAUAUCCCACCAUCAAGUUCUUCCCUGCCGGCAGCAAGGAGGCUGUCGACUAUGACGGCGGCCGAUCCGAGGGCGACAUCGUUGCCUACAUCAACAAGAAGGCCGGUACCCACCGUGUUGCAGGCGGCGGUCUUGAUGCUGUUGCCGGCACUCUCGAGGCCCUCGACCACAUCGUCGCCAGGUUCACUGGCGGCUCCUCUCUCGCCGAGGCUGCUGCCGACGCCAAGAAGGAGGCCGAGAAGCUCAAGGAGCAGGCCCAGAUCAAGUAUGCCCAGUACUACCUGCGCGUGUUCGACAAGCUGAGCAAGAACGACGACUUUGCCUCGAAGGAGCUGACUCGUCUGGACGGCAUCCUGAGGAAGGGUGGCCUCGCCCCGGCCAAGCUGGACGAGCUCACCGCCAAGACCAACGUUCUCCGCAAGUUUGUUGAGAAGAUCACUGGCGGUGGUAAGGACGAGCUGUAA